AUGUACAACAUGUGUCUCAGGGAGAGCUUCUUCCCCGUCCCGGGGAAGAAAGCGAGACUUGUGCUCAUAGGCAAGGGCAAUGGUCCAACAGAUGCCGCUUCGUCAUACAGGCCUAUUUGUAUGCUCGAUACGGCUGCCAUGAUCCUGUCGAAGUUGCCUAGGCCACGGCUGCACGCUGCCGUGAGGGCAGCGGACGAUGUUGCUGCCCGCCAGUAUGAAUUUCGAUCCGGCCUCUCCACCAUCCACGCAAUCCAAGAGGUUGUAACGGUCGCUAAAAUGACGGCGCAGGAAUCAUCUAUCUCGCAUUUUGUGUCUGCUGGUCAACUUAAACAUGAAAAUUCCUUCAACUCCUCGAGUGAAAGGUAUUCGGGUGAUUCAAGAACCUAUACGACGCUGGACUUGGAAAUAUUCCGCCUAGUCAUGGGACAGUUAUGCGAGCGCCUCUCGACCAAUGCUGUUGUCGGUCUUGGAAAUAUAUCGACUAUUCGGGGAAAAAAUAUGCAAUUAUCUUGGGAACGAAUGCUACACUCGGGCAUGGAGAUCUUCCGGCUAGUCGAAGGAAAUUUAUUUGAGUUAUAUUGCAACUAA